AUGCCUCAUAUAUUCGAUAAACAUAUAGCCAUUACUCCUUACCAUCCGGACCUUGUUCUGAAUGGAAUUAAAGCCGUAAAAGAGUAAGUGAGACAUCGUUUCGUUAAGUUCUCUUACAGUCUCUCAGAAUACACGCUGAAGAAGUUGCCUUGGCCGCACGAAAAGGGCCAUAGAAAGCCGGCAGGGGGAGAUGGAGGGGAGAUUGUGGCCGAGACCAUCAACGUUGUUUGGCAGGACAAUCAACUCGUAUUCCCGUUGUCUGAUGUGGUAAGUUUUCGCUGUUUUUCAGAGUAGUUGUUUUAUUAGCUUUUUCUUGUCAUCGUAAAAAAUUUGACAUUUGACGGUCGAUUUUACUCAAGUGUGACACUUGUUCCAUAGGAUCCGUGGAGCAAAUGGUAAAAAUUUCAACUCUUGCUUUGCAAGAGCAGACGGGGGAUAUGUGAUGGUCUUCGGAGGCGAGAGACCAUGGGAGUCGAGGAGGGCGGUUAAAAAACUGUUUUGUCUAUAAUAUCCCUUGCCAUUCUUGUUUUUUUUCAAAAUAUUUUCUUUUCCGAAAUUUAUGUACCACCAGCAGAAACAACAAUUAUCUAGCUCAAUAAUCCACUUACUUCCUAUGGAGAUUCCCAUUAUUUAUUUCUUCGCUCAUUAAUUUUAUUUUCUAUAGCCUCAGGCAUUGGCCACAAGAGGGAGAGACCAUUCAAUUAUCAAAUACCACGGCCUCUUCCUUGCCCAGCUUGAUGGAGAAGUUGCCUAUCAACCAUCCGAACAAAACGUCGACUUUUAUUACAUUUUAAUUGAGAAUGUUGACCAUAAAUGGAAUGUGAUCAGAUUCGCGGCCGAUCAGACGGCCAUAGUGGAUCCUUUUGUCAAACAUUCCAUGCCAAUCCCCUCUCGAUUCGGCCUCGAAUACAACGCUGUUCAUCGAGCAGUGAAUGCGGUGGAGAAGUUUAUCGUGGAUUCGGAUGAAGCGCCCGUUUUUAAUAUCAUGAAAGUUGAUCGGCAGACUCUUGUGGCCUCAGGCAGAGUUCCCCAAAAGUAUAUCAGUGCCGGCCAUGAACACCACAGUCUCACCAAGAGUUUCUCCAAGAAAUUACUGAGUUUGGAAGAGGCGAAUAACGAGAAUUUCGAGCCCUAUGGACAGGUUAUCAGCGAUCCAGGGCACUUUGAAGAACCCACAGAAGUUCUGUGGCCAGGGACCUUGGCCAAAGAAGGAUAUGCGGGAUUCUUGGAACAGGACUUCCAGAUGAGCUGGGUGUCCAAUGGGGAAGGGAAUUUUGAACUCGUUUUCAAGGGUAAGUCCGGAAAGAAUUGUUACAGUAACCCUAAUCUUUGAUAACUUUAGGACUCUCUGGAAGUUUUGCUGGUGACGAAGGAAAGCCUGGAGUUGAAUACAGCCCUGAGCUCGGCAUCUACAAAGCUAAUGCAAGUUAAUAUUAACUUACGAUCUAAUUACAAACUGAUUAUUUUGUAUUACACUCGAAGUUUUUAUCAUAUUUUUUCAGUUACUACUAACUCGUCCAGACAGUAGCUUUUUCUUGAAAGCUGCCUCAUCCGAGGCCGUCUUUGCCAUGGUAUUUGCCUUGCCAAAGGAUGGAAAAGGUGAUCCAGAAGAACAUUCCCUCAGGGCUUUUGUUUUCAGCGGUGGUAAGUGCAAAUUUCAGCUUUCUAAAUUUAAAACCCCUGCGGCGUUUUAAGUUUUUUUUAUCCCGGAAGCUCUUAAGAGCUUAGAUCCUCUCCCUACAGGGGAUUUCUUAAUCCGAAGCUCAUCUGAAUGACAUCAACUGUCAUGUAUAAUAUAAAUUUUUGUCUGAAAUAAUAUAAUUUUCCUCCAGGCAGGGCUCUCCGCCUCCCUGCCAAUAUAUGGCACUCCGUUCCCAUUCCCUUGGCCAAUCAGGAGUCGAUUCUGUUGACCGAAGUCAUCGCCGCGACCAACGCCAACCUGACCAUUGAUGUGGAAGCCGAGACCGGACACCCCAUCCAGUUCACACAAGCCCUCUGA